CGCAUGUAGAGUGAACAUGGCGUUCUCUCACUGUCUCGUUCUCUUUUCUUCUUUCUUCUGUUUGUUGGCGUUGCUAUCGCCAGUGGCACCACACGAUCAUUCAUGUGCAGAUCGACCAACAUGUGAUGCUAGUAAAGCAAUUUGUGAAAGCGACAACGAAUGUAAAAAGCUGCUUGACGAUUUUACUAGUGCUUGUCGACGAGCAAUACAUCACGGUCACCGCAAGCAUUGUCACGAGAAAUGUGCAAACGCGUUGGAUAACCUUCUUGGUCAUUCGCAAGGUGAAGCACUGGCAACGUGUAGCUGCGGGGGAGACAAGAACUGUGAAAAUCAGCGUCACUAUCUCAAGAAAGCUUGCACUCGCAGACACGGCGAGAGAAACUGCAGUGAUGGGAAAUGUAGCGAUAUCAGCUGUUUUGUUUCUUACAAUGGUCAUCACAGUCCUCCUCCCAAGAAAAAUUGUUCAGUUGCAAUAGCCCAUUGUCUGUUAGACUCAUGCUGUAGGAAAGCCUACUUGGAGUUUUAUUACGGUACCGAAUGUCGGCGAGUUCAUCAAGGAUAUAGUAGCGAGCCCAGUUGCUCUGAUGCUUGCGUGGAAAAGUUUGAUUCAUUAGCAAUGUUACCACAUGCAGAUGAUUUGUUCUCGUGUGAUUGUGCUGACUUGGGAGAAGUCUGCAUCAAACGGUAUGAAAACUACGACAAAUUUUGCGUUGACGGUCGUCUAAGAUCUCUGAAACGAGGUGGAGAUGAGGGCACCUUGCCAGCCAAUCCAUUCUGUGCUAAUGCAAAGUCAUCAUCAUCAGAUGCCGUCACCUCAACAUCCUCAACUCUGUGCAGCAAAGCAUUAGCGAGAUGUAUCUGUGAUGAACAGUGCGGUGUAGCCAUGGACCAGUUCUUUGGUGAGUGUCAUCACUCUCUAGUUUAUAUUGGUGAUGGUCCACCUCCUGUUUGUCCAUCGACGUGUAAGGAGAAAAGCGAAAAGCUUUUUAGGAAUCCUUAUGGUAAAGAUUUGAAGUCAUGUGACUGUGGUUCUGACACUAGUGACUGCUUCGCAAGUCUUCGAAAGAAUAUGGACAAAUACUGCCAAAGUCCAACGCCCCAGAUACCGGAUUGUGCAACUGCAAGUGCUGGAUGUGUAGAAGACCCCGAAUGUAAUCGGGUGUUGCGAGCCUAUCUAUUUGGAAAUGAAUGUAAAAACGUCCUAACACACACAGAGGGAAGUAAUAGCACAAAACCAAUCUGCUCUUCCUCUUGUAUUGAAAAAGAGCGAGAGCUAAGAAAACAGCCAAAGGCUAAACCAAUGCUGUAUUGUAACUGUGGUUCUGUAGGUCAACUUUGCUCAGCACAACGUAAUAAUUUCAACAAAUACUGCAAUACCUGUCCUGAGGAUUACACAGACCUGAUUGGAGAUGGAGCAAUAUCUAGCAAAUUAGAACAAAUCAAUGACUGUGGUUUAGCACUGAAUGUUUGCAUUGCAAAUGAAAUCUGCUCAAAAGCGUACACUGCCUUCUACAGUGGUACAGCUUGUCGAAGUGUUCUGUUUCACACUGAAGGACAACCAGAACCAAUUUGCACUGACGAAUGCAUUGCUUUAGAAAAAGCACUUCGCAAAAUUCCUGAAGCAAGGUCACUGGUCACCGAUUGUAAAUGCAACAUGUUGGGUGAGGCAUGCAAACGUCCUCGAGAAAAUUUCCAACGCUUCUGUCUAAAGGAUUGUGCCCAUGAACGAGCAGAAUGCAAAUUAGAUCCCAUUUGCAACACAAUCUUCAACAACUUCCUGCAUGGUACACCAUGCAAUAAUGUUUUAUAUGCCAAUGAAGACACGGCUGCCACUUGCUCAAAUGAAUGCAAAGCUCAUGGAGAACGCGUAUUCAAUGUAAAAGCACAUGACUUGUUAAAGUGUAAGUGUAACAAAUUGGACCAAUCCUGUUGUUCAACAAAACAAAAUUUCUUCAAGCACUGUAACAUACCAGCUUCCACACCAGGCAGCCAAGACAGUUCUUGUUCUGCUACAAUGCCUGACACGUCAUCACCAUCAUCACCACCUUUGUGUGCUCUUGCAAUAAGCAAAUGCCAAGCCAACACUGAGUGCAAUCAGCUGCUUGAUAAUUUCCUUCAUGGUGAUGAUUGCAAGAAUGUACUUUACCACACAGGAGAUGGAGAUGAUCCUAUAUGCUUUCCAAGCUGCCUGGUCAGACACGUAGAACUCAUAUCGCAUCCAGUGGGAAAGGACUUGCUACAAUGUGACUGCAGUAGUCUUGGUUCUGUCUGCUCUGCUCCAUUCAAAAACUUGUAUAUGUUCUGUACUAUUGUAGGCAGUGGUCAACAGAUUAGUGGUGAUUACUGUGAAGUCCAUGCUCAACGCUGCUUGCAAAACUCUUCUUGUAGACUAUUAUUCAAAAAAGUGACUAUUGGUUCAAAUUGUUAUGCCAUCACAACACAUGCACAGUCAGGACAAACGACUCUUGUCGACUGUUCCGGAUGUACUCCUGAUCUAGAUGAGUUGAAAAGUCAUUCCCAUGGAGUUGACAUGUUUGGCUGUACCUGCUCAUCACUAAACUGCAAGAGAGCACAAAGUGUAUUCAACCAAGUUUGUGGACUUUUGCCAUUGUGCUCUGACAUAAGAACGGCCUGUAGCAAAGAUGCAGAAUGCCAAAAACUAUUUGAUGACUUCACCAGAGGACCAGGAUCAUGUUACCAUAUUUUGUUCCCUUCUGAUCCAAGCAACAUUUUACCAAAUUGCACAUUAGCAUGUCUCCUUGCUCACAGCAGGCUACUUUCUCACCCAACAGCUAAACAGAUGGUUUCAUGUAAUUGUGGCAAUAAUGUAGCAACCUGUUCGUUGCCACGAUCAACGUUCCUAAAGCACUGUCCAGUUCCAGAUAGCACUCUCUACCCAACAGGAGUUGGUGCUGACAGUAAGUGCGAAGCUCGAGUCCACCGAUGUCUUUCUCAACCAAGCUGCAGUAGUCGUUUUGCCUUUGACUCUAUCGCCUGUGAUAUGGUAGUAAAUUCCACAGAUGCCGCCACCAUAAAACCACUUUGUGACCGAUGCAUUCUUCACAUGACUCGACUGGCAGCAGAACCUGAUGGACUCGACAUAAAUGCAUGUCCAUGUGAAACAGAUAUUUGCCAACACUACCAAGACAAAAUACGACAACACUGCCUGCAGAGAGAGACCCAGACUGAAGAGUGACAGCGCAGCUGAAAAAUGCAAGCUGAAGUAACCCAUUACUAGGUUCUAGACAAAUACUCAUUGAUGUGAUCAAACUUGUUUGUCUUCUGUCACUUAUGUUAGCUAUCACUACCCGUUUGUUACAUUGUCUUUAAUCAGUAAAUCUGUUAUGGAAUGUCAGUUGUUCAGAAUUCACUAUUUGUCAUUAUCUA